AUGCCGUUGUAUCUAUGCUCCUAUUGGACGUCAAGCGGUGCCUACGACAAUGCCCACCACCUACGACUACUACAUAAUAUGAAGAAACGACAUCUAGGGCACUUUAUGCCCACCAAGAUACAGAUCCCUGAGGGGAUAUCUGGCCAAAUUCCUACACUAACAGGCAUCCCACAAGGAUCACCAAUCUCACCUAUCUUAUAUCUGAUUUACAACGCGGAUCUGAUUGAGGAUUGUGCGGAUAUAGUCAAUCACACAACGACAAGCGGAUGGGUGGACGAUGUAUCCUUAAUGACCAUAGUGUUUGACACGAAGAAAUAUCAACUAAUUCACUUUGUGAACCCACGAAGCACGACCAAUCCUGAAUUGCAGCCAAUCCAGCUACGCGAUGAAGUUAAAAUAAAGCCCAAAGAAGCUGUUAAAUAUCUCGGUAUCUGGCUUAAUACGAAGCUAAGCUUUGACACACAUUGUGAUGAAGCUAUUGUAAAAGCAGGCACCAGCCUGGAAGCUCUACGUGGCCUAUCAGGACCCACACGGGGGGCCGCACUAGGCCCAACAAGAAGGAUCUAUCAAGCAAUUGUCAUCCCACAGAUGCUGUAUGGCGCUGCAGCCUGGUUCCAACCAGACCUCAUGAGCCAGAGGCAAAUUACACAAACUGUACGCAAAUUUACAACUAUCCAAAAGCGCGCAGCGUGCCUGAUCAGCGGUGCUUUUCGUACAACGGCUGCGGAGGCCCUCAAUAUAGAGCUUCACCUAAUGCCAAUCCGGUUGCAACUGGAUCAACUCACAAAGGCUGUAGCCAUCUGGAUCCGCACAGGUCCUACCUUUGCAAUUCCUGACGGCCUAGUCAAUCGACGCACCAGCGACGAACUCAAGCUUGGCGGAUACACUCCCAUGGAAGCUCAUGCCUGGAAGAAGGGCGGAUGCUUAUUGGCUCCCCCUGGAACCUUGGCAGGGAAAUAG